UAUACAGCACACAAAGAACAAAGUAGGUAAACAAGAACAAAUCAACGGCUGGGAAGAUCAAGGGCUGGCAGCUUGCCAGCUAGGCUAUAUUCCAACGUUCACUGUCCGAAUUCCAGACCACAUUUCUGAUCCUUGUAGGGAAUAAUUACCGCGUCAACCAGGUGUCUCGUUUCCUGCCCUUUCUUUCUAUCUUCAACCUCAAAAUUAGGGCUUCCUCAAUUUCUCCCAAUUUUUUCUCCAAUUCCAUUCGACCCCAAAAUAAAAAUUUAAAGCGAUUUUACAUUCGAUUCCAAACGUGAAGUCGAAUUCGAGAGAACCCCCAAAAUGACAAGCUUCGAUUUGGGAAAAAAGAUCGAGGAUUUCUUGAAUUUGGGGAAAAAAGCAUGAAGCUUUCUUUGAAUUUGGGGGAAGGUUCAGAGCUUCAGGGAAGGCUGGAAUUCUAGGGUUUUGCUUUUCUUUUCUCAAAGAUCAAAUCUUUACCUCCACAUUAUGGAUACCCAAUUCCCCAAAUCCCUAAUUUCAAUUUCUUCCCUUGUUCUUUUCGCCUUCUUCAUCGUCCUCUGCUCCUUCCCAGCCGUCCGAUCAGAACCAGAGUCCGUAUCCGAAUCCACCCUCAUCAGAUUGCCCUCUGAAUCCGAGCCAUCCGAUCCCUGUGGCCGAUCGACCCGGUCAGCCUCCUUGUGCCCGGUCAAUUGCUUCCGCCCUGACCCGGUCUGCGGCGUCGAUGGCGUGACCUACUGGUGUGGCUGCCAAGAUGCCCAAUGCGCUGGGGUCAAGGUGGCGAAAAUAGGGUUUUGUGAGGUGGGUAGCGGCGGCUCCGCCCCCCACUCUGCUCAAGCUUUGCUUUUGGUUCACAUUGUUUGGCUCAUCGUCCUCGGCUUCUCCGUCUUGUUCGGCCUGUUCUGAGAGUUUUCGGCUUCU